AUGUAUACAAAAUUUCUUGCUUCCAUCAUCUUGGGAUCUACAUUCUUUAUGCGGGUAAUGGGACAUAUGAACAUGAUGUCGCCACCUCCUAUGCGACACCGAGACAAUCCUCACACCCAGACGGUUGACGAGAUCUACGAGUUUCCUUUGAAAACCGACGGCUCUGAUUACCCGUGCAAAGGCCAUAUCAAUGCUCUCGGCACGCCAGAGGGUCAACCGGUCGCGACAUGGGCCGCCGGAAGUGCGCAGACUUUCAGCCUGGAAGGAAGCGGCACCCACUAUGGCGGUAGCUGUCAAGUCUCCCUUUCCUACGACAAGGGCGAGACGUUCAAAGUCAUCAAGAGCUGGCCAGGCUCCUGUCCCAACCGUGAAAACGGCUCAGACCAGACUUUCAACUUUAACAUCCCGAAGGAAGCUCCCAGCGGGGAGGAAGUCAUCUUUGCCUGGACGUGGAACAACCGUGAGCGCGAAUUCUUCCAAAAUUGCGCCGUAGUAACCAUCACCGGUGGCGGUGCUGGCAUCUCAGGGCUGCCGGAUGUUUUGGUCUCCAACAUCGGGAAUGGGUGCCUUUCCCCGUUGACUACCGCCGAACUGAAGUAUCCCGAUCCCGGCACCGCUGUCGAGCUCGGCGACGGGGAGUACCCGCUCGUUCUCCCCACUGGGAACUGUUAGGCGGGGUGUUGGAUACAUCACACGCCGGCAUCUGUACCGCGGCCGUCACGCUUGUUCUGUUUUUGUUUGCCUAUUUCCUCCUCAAAAGUGUCCGGACCCCAAGGGCUGUCUUCUUGUAUUUUUAUCACUUUCCCCUAUUUUCUUUCUUUUUUCUCUUUUCUCUCUUCCGACAUCGGUGAUGCCUGAGAAGUUCAUUGGUUGCUCAUAUAGAGCAAGACUGGCGAAUAGCCCUUAUAUAAACCGUAGCUGUAGAAUACUUAUCAAAUAUUUCCAGGAGAUAUAUAUAACAUAUCAUACCGUA